AUUGUUGCCGUUGUCACAUCAUUUAUAAAUGAAUUAUUGUUUGUUCCAUUAUCAUAGUAAACUAAAAAAUGUCAUACAAACUGUCUCGAAAUGAUAUUCGCUUCUUGAAAAUCAUGUACAAAAUUAGUCAUUUCUUGUCAAUCACACCCAAUUACGAUUUUGAAAAAUUCGUAAUAACUUCAUCUCAACGUGACAAGAUUUCUGCAAGUUUUUUCCUACUUUCGACUCUUUUAGGGACUUGUUGGAUAAUCUAUCUGCGAAUAUAUGACAAAGAAAUACGUUUUUUCGAAAUAUCGUUUGAAAUAUUAGGUUCUUUAGACAGUUUAAUGCUAUUCAUGGUGAUCGUUUCAAUGAUUUUGGGUUCAUUUAAAACACAAGAAUGGACAAAAUUGAAUAACAAAUUCCAGCACAUUGACGAAAAACUCAAGACGCGAAACCAAAAAGAAGGAAACUUCUUGAAAAAUGCUUAUUUCCAGCUUAUUUUGAGCGUUUUGAUAUAUAUUUCUCUAGUUGGCUACACACUGUAUGUCCGUAUAGCUGCAAAAGGUCUGCCAACCUUGAAACUGUUCCCCCUACAUGAAUUUUACGGUUUUUGCUAUUUGUGGGUACUGAUUUUGAUUUGUAACAUUGCACUUACGUUCAAGCAGAGAUACCAAUUGAUAAAUGAACAAAUGACGGCUCGAAUCAACCCGAAAAACACCACAAUUUUUGUGAUUGAAGUGCGAAAAUUGUCACGACUUUUGGGCGAAAUGGUGGGUUUAUUUAAUGAGAUUUUCGGUUGGCCGCUUGUUUUUAUCACAGGACGAUUUGUGAUAAAAAUUUUGGUUACUUUGAAUUUCUUCACCAAUACUUUAGAAAUUGAUGAUAAUUCGGGUUUAAAGCACAGGUUGGAAAUUUCAAGUCUUGUUCAAACUGCAUUUACGUUGGUCGCUAUGAGUGGUUUGAUUUUCAUCUGUGGUUCUGCAAAGUCUGAAAGUCAAAAAAUUGUUCUUUUGUGUUAUAAAAUGAUGGAAAAAUUUCCGGAAAGAUCGCAAGAGCAAGAGGAAUUGCUUUUGGCGGCACAGGUGAUUGAGAAAAGUGUUGCCAACUUUACAGCUGCGGGCUUUUUUGAUGUUAACCGGAGCACAUUGUUUGGGAUUUUGGCAACUACAACAACUUAUCUCAUUGUCACUAUCCAGUUUAAUCAAGGUUUAAAUAAAUGA